AUUUGCUGUUACAUAUUAAAUUAAAAAAAUAAUUAGACCGGGCAAAGUGGAACCCCACUGUCUCCUCCAAAGCUCAAUGCAAUAAUCAUUAACCUUUCAUUUUCUUCUUCACUUUCAUCUUCUUCACGAUCAGAUCGACGAAGAGUACUGUGUAGUGAGCUUUGAGCUUUAGAGAUCUGAGGAGGACAAGGCCAAACACAAAAACGAUGUCGUUUACGGGAACUCAACAGAAAUGCAGAGCGUGUGAGAAGACGGUGUACCCAAUGGAGCUUCUCUCAGCUGAUGGAGUGACAUUUCACAAGUCUUGCUUCAAGUGCUCUCACUGCAAAACCACUCUUCAACUGAGCAAUUACUCAUCAAUGGAAGGUGUGUUGUACUGUAAGCCUCAUUUUGAGCAGCUGUUCAAGGAGACUGGUAGCUUCAACAAGAACUUUCAGUCACCUGCAAAGCCACUAACUGACAAGCCAACUCCUGAGCUGACAAGGACACCUAGCCGAGUUGCUGGAAUGUUCUCUGGAACUCAAGACAAAUGUGCUACUUGCAGUAAAACCGUGUAUCCUAUCGAAAAGGUGACAGUGGAGAGUCAGUGUUACCAUAAAUCUUGCUUCAAAUGUUCACAUGGAGGCUGUGCGCUUUCUCCAUCCAACUACGCAGCUCUCGAGGGGAUACUGUACUGCAAACACCAUUUCGCCCAGCUUUUCAAGGAGAAAGGAAGUUACAAUCACCUCAUCAAAUCUGCUUCCAUCAAACGCUCUGCUGCUGCUGCCGCCGCUACUGCUGAAGCUGCUGCUGUAGAAGCUGUACCUGAAUCUUAAAAAUUUGAAUUCUCCAACCAAUGUCAACUUUAAAAAAAAGGGUUACUACCAAACUGGUUUCACUUUGUCUUGGUGUAUGUGAUAUGUUUGUUUUACUUGUAUUCAUUCACUUCUCCA